AUGUCUGCGUGUGGAAUGUUUCUUGCUUUAAUUACGAUGAUCUUGUCGACUUUCAGGAUACUGGCGAUACUAGCAAAUCCUGCAGGUAUGCGGACUGAAAAUAUCAUAGCACAAAUACUAAAGUCAACAACAGAGCGCUGAACAAGACGGUGCUCGUAAAAGCAUUAGACCCUUCCACCGCUUUUUUACUAGCUAGGAAAUAUUCAUUUAUACUCAUGAAAAGGGCGCCUUGAAAUUGGAAUACUUGCCAGGUUUUAAAGUUAUCGUGCGAUUUUAAAAAGCUCCAAGACGUCACGAAAUUCUACAGAGUGGAGGAAUUAGGUCCAAUACCAAUGAAACGUAUCGUCUGAAAAUUUUUCUCUUUUGCGGACUCAAUUUCAUCGUUAGUUUCCAACAUAUCACUGAUAAACUUGGUAGAUGUGCUGACUUUAAUGUGUCUAUGGUUUUCGCAAACUGGUCCUUACCAAUAGUUGCAAACAUAUAGAUCAUAGCGUCAACCGGGGCAGAUCUGCAGCGAUUACAAUUCACUUCACUGAUUACUGAGCCGAUCAUUCUCUUUCAUUCUCUUUCCUUUGUUUUUCGAAGACAAUGAAAUGAUUUAGGUUCAAACCAGUGGAGAGCCGAAACGGAAGAAAUUUCCAUUGCAAAACAGGCCCCAACUCGAGUUUAAGAUAACCCUUAAACUUUCAAGUAUCGAUUCCAUAUCCGCUACGGAAGUGUAUCAUCGAACAUUUUAGGCAGGAAAAUAUGAUUGAAGGUUGACGAGGUUAAGUCAAGUAUUCACCAUUCCUGGAGCUUUUGCGACGCCUGAUGCCCAAACGGCAUAUUCUAUCACAUUGCUGCUAACACAAAUCUUAAAAAUGAAACUACUCAAUCAAAUGAAACGAGUCACAAAAGAAGUGAAACGAGUUUUACUCAAUCAAAAGUAACGAUUUCUCAUAGUCAAAUAAAAUCAGCCGAUCAAGUGAGACGCGUCAUUGUACUCGUUGGCCAUUAUGCACAAUGACCCAUUGUGCACACGCACAUACCAGUUAGAGUGGUUUUCGUUUGAGUGUCGUAAAACCAAAACCAAAGUAAUUACUCUGGCCAAUCACAUAGGACACAGACAAUACAUUGAACCAAUCAAAACUCGAAGUAAUUACAUGUGGCUGACGCAAAGCGCGGGAAAAUGCAUGCGAGCGCGUCACAAUUGGCUUUGGUUUUACUUCUGAUUGGAUGAAAAGGUCGCGCGAAUCUUUUAAGCCAAUCGCAUCGUGUAGAAAGUGCAAAACCAAUUACUUUUCGACACUCAAAUGAAAACCGCUCUAAGCGGAGUCAUUGCACUCGCACUCCGACCCACUGCGGUCACAAAGCAAAUAUACUGAGUCGGUGUACUCGGUGGCCAUUGCGUCAAACAAAUGUUGUUGUACCAAACACAGUUACCUUCGUCGUUGACCUAGAAAACUGAGCUGCAUUAGAGAGACCUAACGCAACGCACUAUAGUACGAUUACUGCUAGUUAUAUAUAGACAAGAGUGUUUAGGUACCAUUUUUCUCUCUUACUCCCAGCACAAACUUUAUCGCGAACUUCUGUAGAUCAGUUGCAGGAAUUUCUUAAAGUUCUCCCCUUUCGUCUUCACUUGUAAGGAACUCUUUGAAUAAUUUUGAGUCAUACAAAGCUUUCCUCUGCGUAUAAACAUUCUCUUGCUCCUCAGAGAAAGAUUUUAUGUCAGCUUCAGAUAACUUCACGAAUCUAAUCGUUCUCCAUUUUCUCUUAGCAUUUGGCAAACUGUGCACAAACAACAUACAGUUUGAGCGGAAAAUGAAGUCAUGGAUAUCCUCACUAGCGAAGACAAGGAAAUUAUCUCUUCUAAAGUCCCGGAAGUAGUUUCGUAUGAACUUUACGAAUGGCCUAUUUUCCGCUAAAACACUCUUGUCUAUAUGUAAUUAAUUGCACUACCUUUUUCGCAUUUUUUAAUCCGUAAUUUGCAACAGGGAAGAUUUAAAAAAAAAUUGCUGAAUUUAUUUUUAUCCAUAGUUUCUUUGUCUUCUUCAGUGUUCUUUUCAUUGAUCCUUGAAGGCUGGUUUUCACUAGCAACGGAGUCGGAAUCGUAAUCAGAAGCUUAGAACUUUACGAUUUUAGUGAUCUAACAGCCAGUUCUGAUUGCGCUUACGACUGUGGUUUUACAGGAUCAAGAGAAGAGUCGCAAACAGAGGCGGAAGAACUAAAACAAUCACAAAGCAUGGAAUGUGCAUUGUGAUUGGUUUAUCCUUCCGCUUCUGCUUCCGCGACUCCGACAAUCUGGUUUUCACUAGAUCAUAAGCGGAACGUAAGCGACGGAGUCGUAAGCGGAGUCGGAAGAAAUGGAAACUUUCAAUUCUGAUUCUUCUGACUCCGAUUCCGUCGCUCUUACGACUCCGCUUACAACUCCGACUCCGACUCCGACUCCUUCGCUAGUGAAAACCAGCCUUAAAAGGCGAUUAAUACAUUUUAUGAACGGAGCAAUACUGAGUUCCAUAGAAAGGACUCUACCAUGCCAUAAUUGAACUUGCGAAACUAUAACACAGUCAAUACCAUACCAGCAGAUUUUUGUCAUUUUUAGCGAAACUCCUGAGGUACGUAGUAGACUUAAUCGUCCUUUGUCGAGACUGUCUGAACUAUCUCUGAUACAAAUUAGCUUGCCUUCAAAGUGUUAUGUUGAAAUUGAAUAAUGUAAUAAUAGCAAUACUAAGGCAAUCUUAAAAACUGUUUAAUGAACAAAUCGGUUUCCUUUGGCUCAGUUUUUAGCUUUUCCGUGCGUAUGGCCAGCGCUUAGGCCCGGAAGACUUGAAGCUUUACUAUACUUCUAGGUAUCAAGUAUUUUAUGGCGACAUGUGGGAAACAGAACUGUGACUCAGUUUGCGCCUCGUUUGGUCUUCAAUGUGCUGGAACAGGCCAGAGCUUUCCAAACUCAUCUGCUUUAUCCAUAUUUCAGUCUUUGGGAAUAACUUGUGAAACAAGUGAUUAUACAGAUUUUUACCACUACCGAGACCAACCAAAUUAUAUAUCAACUUUGGACGUUAAUCUGCAGUGGGCUGGUAGAUGCACUGGAUUCAAGGCUAUACCUAGUACUAUUGACUGUCACACGGCUAACAAUUCAAACGUUCGAAGGCUGUGCCCAUGCCAUAACUCUUCAGGUAGGCGUUGAAUUAUAUACGUUAAUAAUACAGAAAAUAUACUAUCCAGUCAGUCUACUUUGUCCGCACCGACGCGUAACUGUUAGUUUCUUAUUUUCCUUCAGUUUCACCAUGCAUAUAACCUCAGUUCUGGUUGAUACGAUAUGUGCCUUUUAUUGCAUUUGCCUCCAGUGUUGAACUGUUAUAUUUUGCCUUCUAGUCUUCUCCGACGAAGACGAAGCACCGAGGGCACCGUCUUGCCUAAUGUAAGGAAAUCCAAGACCGUCUUGGAUUUUGUAUUCUACUUACCUGGAAUCGGUAUUUCUUGUCGGUGGAUUCUGGAUUCCAAUCCUUGAGCUGAAUUUCCAGUUAUAUGGAUUCCACAAGCAAAACCCGGACUACCUUACAUGAGGCGACACUGUCUUGCUGUGCUUCCACUUUAUCUAAGUCUGUUGGAUGUUAAAGGAAUACCAGGGUGUAAUAAAUCUCUGGAAUACCAACCCUAGUAUACUUUCCUUGGGAAUAUCUGCAGGUGGCCGGACAUAACCUCUUGAUCUCCCUCCGGUGGCUGCCUGUGAACGGAGUAUUAGUGGAAAAUUGAGAAAAAUUCAGCAACUCAAGUGAAGUCUGGUCCAAGCUAGAUUUUUGGUGAUCUUUAGUGCUAAGCAAAAAUAGAUAUACGGAUGUUUACUGUUUCAUCAUUAUUUUCCUGUUUGAUAGCUGUCCUUCUCCCGACGCAAUCGACUGCAACAGAGACUACCAACAAAAUAACAAACACUACCUCAAGAAGAAUAGUAACAUCCGCAGCUCAAACCAGGGCCUUACAAGAACAUUCUACUGGAAACAAUGCGCCCCAUCGUCAAACAGAGAAUGGGGAUGACGCAUAUAAAAAUGCUCUAAUUGCGGUCAGCGUUAUCUUAGCUGUUGUUUUGGUGAUGUUCUUUGUGGUUCUGCUGUAUCUAUUCGUACAGCGGAGAAGAAAACAUUUAAGGUAGUUUUAUUCAGUUAAGGCGACCAUGGUAUCAUGGUUAUUUCAUUCUAGAUUUAGUCUGCUUUGUUCCCUUCGUUUCCCCAUCGGAGUUGAACGCCCCCUUGUAUCUGGACUGCUGAAUUAAACGCCGUGAGACUACGGGCCAAAAAGGUCGUAAUUUAACGUGUUCCGCUCCAUUUGCGUUUAGAAAUGAGAGGUUAUGAACAACUUUGUAACUCUCCCUCGGCCCUUCUUUUGUAAUCUCGAUCAUUUGCCUUAUGCUUCAGCCGGUUUACGUAGCGAUAAGUCUGGGCGUACAGUGGCUGACUGUAGCGUAAACUCGCUGUCUGUUUCUGUUGGCCAGUAAUUUACUGGCUGAUGUUUCUACUGCUCGUCACUUUUUCGUGGAUGUUUUUUUUUAUCAGCAAAGAAAAAAGAGACGCUGAGAAGAGCGAUAAUGGAAAGUGUCAUGUUGAAUAUAACAAGACUGGAACUGGUACUUCAGAUAUGAUGGACGGCUUAGCUGUAGUGACGGAUGACGACAAUAGGUGUGUUUUUGUCAAUACUAUUUUCAAAAAAAAUCCGUAACAUAUUAUAACUAUUAUAACGAUUCACACAGCGCGCAGCUGUGUGUUAUUCAGGGGUAAAUUUGAUAAAAUGCCACUGUUUUAGAGUUUAACACAAUAGCUAGACUUGUAAAGAACAGUAAACGUUUUAUUAAACUGACCCCUGCAGGCUUAUCGAUCAAAUGGUGCUCGUGGCCUGCGGAAUUAGCUUAGAGCGCAGACUUGACAGAGCGGGAUGACGGGGGUUCAGACUCGUACCCAGUCGCUUAUCUGUAUUCGCGCGGUGGUUAAUGAGAAGGAUUUGCCAUGUGAGUUCGCAGCCCAUCAAGGGAAGGAAGGAAGAAAAACACGAAGCUUUUCCACCUUUUUACCAUAUUCCUUUGAGAGAAGAACAGUAAGUAUCGACUGGCUAUGAAUCUGACGUGGGUUCGACCCGUUGCAGUGGACCCAUACAAGUUUUGAAAGAAAUCACUAUUUCGCGGCUGGUACAUGCAUGACCCACUAUUCACGCAAUUUUCAAACAGAGAACUUUUUUGUGGGUUUUAACUCCUUCAUGGCCAGAAUUUUGUUCAUUUGUAUUUAAUUUGUAGAAAUAUCCAUUAUUUUCUUUAAUUCACAGCUACUGUGGUCCGAGAAGUACCGAACUGUCAAUUCCCAACUCGAGCGAAAUGGAAGUCAAGAUGCUGGCCGAUAAACCCAGGUAAACCACAUAAUACAAAAUUGUUGACAAAGUAGUUCCUUCAUCAUUUAAGCCUUCUGCAAGUACUUGCAAAAAUUAAGCUUCUUUUUUUUUCCAGUAACAACAAGGACAUGAAUGAAAAAUCCACUGAUAACAUUCUAUACGUCAGGUAACAUAUUGCCUUCUUCUUUCUAAAGAUCAGUAUUUUUUUAAGUGAAAAUGUAUCACCGGCUUACUCUCUCCGGCUCCAUGAAAAGGUUUAAAACACUCCCGAGACAUUUUUGUACAGUGCAAUUUAUUUUUAUUUUUUUAUUUAUUUGUUUGUUUCUACCAGCGGUUCUGAUGGAGAAUAUACAGCGUUAUCUAAAGACCACACUCCAACCACUUACGAAAGGUAAAUUGAUGUAUCCUGACGGAUGGUUUAAGUUAUUCCCCUUGUUACUUUCAAAAUAUAAAAAUUAAAACUGAUAAUGUUUUAAAACUGACAAUGGAGGCCUUAUGUGCCUACUGGCGCGACGAGACAUAAUGAUGAUGAAGAAAACUGACAAUGACCUCCUCGGUACAGAUUCAAAAAGACAGUAAGCCAGAGGUGUCUGUUUUUAUUCAUACGGAAUUGUAUGAAAUUUCGAAUUCUUUUCAAUGAGAUUCAUUCAAGAACUAUUCACGGCAGGGAAGAGAGUUGUUUCUCUUCCGCUCUUUGUAACUAGUAUGAUUUAAUUUACUAAUAAAAAGAACUUUUGAUUCCUGAUCCCAUUCACACCGUUGGCAUUAAAUUCUCAUAGGUGUAUAUAUAGCUCUUAUUAUGACUUCUAAACCUCAGUCCCUUAUAUUUAAGUUAAAAAAAGAACAAAAGCAACAACAACUAACACGUCACAACUUUAUAUUAGCGUUUUGGUCUUUAUCCUGGUAAUCAAUAGUCUUUUUGUAACGUUCAAUAAUGUAAAAUACAUAUGAAAAUCUAAUUGUACGAGCAGUACUUUUUCAUAAAUAUUGACUUUUCCCUUUUUGCUUUCAGACUGGUUUAAUCUCUGUGGUAGUGCAGGCAGCACGAGUAUACAACACUGACAACACGAAUCCUUUUUAUAGUUUUGCAGUGUUGCGAGACUUGAUUUAGUUGUGUUUUACUUUUACUUACGAUUUAAUAUUUUGCAAGUGUCUGACGUAAGGGGUGUUGGCAAGGGAUAAGCCACACCUCUUCGAGACCUGAAACAUCUUAUUUUUUUCAGCUCUCGGUUAAUUAAGUACUUUUUAGUACUUUAAGCGCAGUGUCUUAAGACUUAUUGCUCGCAUUAACGGAACACUAAGGUCAAUUUACAGUAACUCAGUUAAACCUCGUCAAUACGGACACUAAGGGGACUACAGAAAGUGUCCGUAUUAAGGGGGCCUGAAAUUUGAGUAAAUGAAAGGUCUCUUCCCCGCAGGGACAAAGCAAACUGUCCGUAAUAAUAAGAUGUCCGUAAAGCAGGGUGUGACUGUAUAAGAAAAUGUAGGAUUAGAGUUUUUGCAAAAUAACGCCUCAUACAGGGGCGAGAAAAGCUUUUUAAAAAAACACACAUGACACAGUCAACAUUUCGCUUGAAGUUUUAUUUACAUUCAUAUCUGUACAUGUAUUUUGAAGAUAUGGUGAUCCAAAUACUGAGAACAUCAUAUGACACUAAGUGCAAGGUUUUGCACAUAUUCUGCGAGAUAGCUCACACUCGAACCGAGUCGAACAUCGCCAAGAGAACUUGCUCACAUGGCUAUUCCAGCUGCUUGUUAAUGAAAAUCCUCAUCCUGAUUCCCUCUUGCCCUUGGCCCACUUUUAAGUAAAUUACAAUAUCUUUGCUUCUUUAUCACCAACGAGAUAGGAAAUAACUACACCAUAAUAGCAUCGACAUCAGCGUACUUGCUUCAGUAGCGUUUGUUAUAGAUGCAGUGGAACCUGUUUUUGUGCGAUUAUUAUUCCAUCUCCCGUUGAUGUCAGGAGUACUUGGAUUUAAGAACGUGGUAGUUCGCGUUGGAGCAAAACUAUAUGAUGAACCCGUAGAUAGCACUGAGGAUGAUGAUGAUGUUGAUAAUGAUGAUAAUAAUAAUGAUGAUGAUGACGAUGACAACAACGAUGAUGAUGAUGAUGGCGUUGGUGUUGGUGGUGGUGACCACGGCGAUGAAGAAGGAAAUAGUGAUGGAGACGUCGGUAUUGUUUGCGGAAUUUCUGUAAAGAAAUAG